AUGAAGAUAUAUAACACAUUGUGUAUAAUAUUCUGUAUUAUAAGUAUUAAAUGUAUUUUACCAACAGGCACAGCAGGCAUGGCAGGAAUGGCAGCAGGAAUGGCAGCAAAUACACCAGCAGGCAUGGCAGCAGGAGCAGCAGGGGCAAAUGCACCCGGUAUGCCUGGUAUGCCUGGUCAGCCUGGUAUGCCUAACCAGCCCGGUAUGCCUGGUCAGUUUGGUCAGCCCGGUAUGCCCGGUCAGUUUGAUCAGUUUGGUCAGCCUGGUAUGCCUGAUGCUUCUUCGCCUGCUUCUAAUCCAUCUACAUCUAGUCUUGCUGCAUGGUAGUAUUACUUAUUACACAUAUACUA